AUGGCGGCGAGGAUACCAAUAUGGCGGAACUUCCGGUACGUUACCGUCACAACCAAGCGACGCUUCCUCCAUCUCUAUGGUAUAAACGGCUGGGAGAGACGGGGAGAAUCGGCGGCAGCAACGGGGACCGGGGGAAUGACGUGUGAGAUGCCCCACGACAGGCCGUACGCCCCCAGAGACUACGCAGAGGACGACCUCCUCCCGGCCCGCUCAGCUCCGCAGCCCCUCUGCGCGGGUCCCGGUCGGACCGACUCUCACCCGCUGCUAGACAUUUCCCUGACGCCCGACAAAGGAGGGGGGAUCCUGCGCAAAGACAGCUCAGAGCGCAGACGCGGCCGGAGGCAGGUGCGCUUUGAGGUCAGUAAUGAGCCGAAGCCUGGGCUGAGGUCUGUGCAGCAUGAGGGCCCGUCCGCGGGGCCCCUGGAGGUCCCCAGGAUGCACAGCAGUGAGGUCUUGCGGCAGGAGGUGCGCAGAGAGUCCCAGCAGGAGUUUGACGCUGAGAGAGCCGUGCAGAGCGAGCUGGGCCGAUCCUACAGAGCGCGGCGGAGCGUGGAAAGCGAGGCAGCCAGAGCCCUGAACGUGGGCCGCGUGCACAGUCUGUAUCAGGGCCUGGUGAGCGUGGAACCUCCUGCGGAACAAAUACAGAGACUGACCGAGAAGCAGCGGAAACCAUCUGAUCUCAAGCAGGUCACCUCCAGCGAGGGCCCGGAUCUUUCUGCCUUUUCCGGACUGUGUGAGCGAUUUACAGAGACUCCGUAUCUGGGUGUGGAGGGUCUACCGCCCCUCGCCGCAGCCCCCCGUCCGAGGCCUUCACGCUGCUCGUUUGACAUGUUCCACAAGCUGGGGCAGUGGGCAUCUUAGCAGCCGGCACCUGCCCCUGCCCUGCUGGGGGUAAACACGGACGGUGGAUAGGCCGGGCAGGUGGCGGAGCGGGGGAGACGCCGUCACGUCCGUCCCGCUGAACUUAUUUUUAUAUUUAUUGAUAUUUAAGAUUCUGAUGGUUUUUGGAUGAAACUUUAUUUUUUUUUAUACAUAACAAAUAAAUAAAGAAGUGCAGCUCCGAGCAGCC